CGUUAAUUUUCAGUCUGUCUAACGUUUUGGGCCUGCAGCUUGGUAGAGCGACAGUUUGCUUCAAGCCUCAAGUAUCUUUGUCCAAAUAACCGGAGUGAAGAUUUGUUUUGGAGCUGUUUUGCUGCUCCUGGAUCUGGACCAAGAAUUCUGCUCUAAAGGGAAAAAGUCCAGGAAACCCAAGAGUUUAAGAAUUGAGAAAACUGUGGCUCAGUGAUAGACGUAUUUCUGGAUGCUACAGUUGACACAAACCAUGGCAGUGGUAGUUCUACUUUUUCUCAUCUCCUUGCUGGAUUCGGUUGAAGGUGCUGAAAAUCGGUUUGUGAGGUCUGGAUCGAACCUUCUACUGGAAGCAAAGACAACUGACUUAGGAAAAAAUGAAGAGUUUAUUUGGAAGUUUAACAACACUAUCAAUCUUGUAAAAUUCAGACAUGGCGUGGAUCCUUUCAUCAAAUAUGUACAAAGAACAGUUUUUUCUAAAGAAAACUACUCUUUGGAAUUAAGAAAUAUGCAACACAGUGACACUGGAAACUAUAAGGAAAUAAUAAGUGGAGGCGAAGACAAAACUGUAGCUGAAUACACAGUCAUUGUCCAAGAUCCAGUGUCUCCAGUGAAACUAACAGUGACCCCCAGUGACCCCGGCUGCUAUAACUUCACUGUGACGUGCAAAACAGUGGAUUCUCAAAUUAGUGGAAGUUAUCAAUGCGACAACAUAUCCUGCCAUUUACUGCCUCAUACACACCUGAAGGUCUCAUCUCUGAAGGUCUAUGUAGAGCAAAGCUCCAUCAUCUGUAACCAUAGCAACCAAGUGAGCUGGGAAAAGGAUGUAAAGAAUGUUUCAUCUCUCUGUGAAAAUCAACUAGUCCCCAAUACAGCCGCCAUAGUUGGGAUAUCAGUUGGAGCAUUAGUGCUGGUAGUGGUAUCUAUUAUGUGCUCUGUGCUCAUAAUAAUGUGUAAAAGAAAGAGGAGCACAAAUACAGUGUAUGAAGUUCCUCAGGAAACUCCACAGAAUAACCAAUAUGCAAAUCCUGCUGAAAUUACUGAAUCUCCUUCUCCAACAUCAAUGUAUGCCCAAUCGUUUCCCAAUCCUCCUGUCAUCAGUACCUCCACAAACCUGCAGCCUGAAGCAAUUUAUGCUCAAGUUGACAGAGCUGCCAAGUCCAACUCAAAACCUGCUGCAGCCAAAAGAUGACAAAAAAUAAAAUCAAAAUGGAAAAUGUAUAUAACUGUGUUUUAACUGUGCCAAAAAUGAUCAUGAACUGCCACUGUGAACCAGCUUUUAAAUGUUUUUAUAUAUUUAAUUUUACACCUAUUUACUGGUGGAACAGUAAAAUUUGGGAAAUUCUUCAAUUCUUCACUAACCUAAAGGUAAAGUUUUUAGAGCUAAGAGAUUUACAGUUAUUAUGACGAAUAUCAGUAAAAAAUCUGGUCUAUUUUGCUAUCAUAUCAAAAUAUUGUUAACUCCAAAAUGCGCUGUCUUGAACUUUUAGUAUUUUAUUUUUCUGUUUGUGAAAAUCCAAGUGUUGUGAUUUUUGCACAUUUUUGUAUUCUAUACUUGUUGCUGCAGAGUAACACCUUUUGUUUGUGUAUUUUCAUAAUUUCUGCUUUAAACAACCCCUCCUGUUUCUCUGGAAAUAAGUUAAUGAUCUGAGAAUGUAAAUAAUAUUCAUCGAACUAUUGUCAUAUAAAACUGCAGCAUUUACCUAAGUGGUAAAAAUGUAAUUGCAUUUAAAGAUUUUCUCACGUUUAGUUCUUGAUCUUGUUGUUCUUGUCUGUACUGCAGUUGCAUGCAUCACCGUAAGAGGAAGAGCAACAAUGUGAGACAAGAAUGAAAUGUCUAACCAUUAUUUGAACCUCUGGAAAAUAUGUGUAAAGGGCUUGAAAAUACAUUUCAUUUGUUCAUUUCAAGCAAAAAUUUUACCUUGCCUGCUUUCCUCAUUGCCUUUGUGUCCUCAACUAAAUUAUGACAAAAGGGUCAAACAAAAAUAGUCAAUUUCAGAUGUGCUGAUAGUUUUAAACUGGCCAUCAGAACAACAAAGGACUGAACUUCUAAUAGAGAGGAAAAGCAAGACUGAUUUUUAAAUUUAUGUUAACAUUAGGAGGGGUUUCAGAUGAGCUGAUCAGCUUCAUGACAGCAGAGAUAAAUCACCUCUAUUAAAAGCUAUAGACAACAAAAAUUUAUUUUACUGAAAUAGGACUGGUGCAUGUUAUUUUAGAAAAGUUCUUGUAAGAUAAAAAAACCACAACAUAUUUAGAGCAUUUAGGGUCAAGGCUUCCAUUGUGACAACAUGACCACCAGAUUCACAGGCGACGUGUCACAUUUUGAUUAACUGAACAGUACAGUUAUGAGAGGUUGUGUUAGAUAUUACCCUGUCGAUUUAGUUUAUUGCAGAAUGUCUCAGACUAAUAUCCAUCAAGUUACAGGAUUUCACCUGAUGGACAUUGCACUUGAGAAAGAAAGAAAAAAGUCCUUGUUUGUCAGAAAGAGAAAGAGCAGAUAUGGAUUAUUCAUGCAAUUUAAUGGUAUUUUGUAUUUUCAUUACAUUGUAUUUCUUUAAAAUAUGUAGAAUUUUUUUCUUUUUUCCUUUUUCUGUUGCUGUUUUCAUGAUCGAUGUAAAAUAACGUUUUGUUUUUUUUUAUUCACAAGCCUUCAAAAGUUUAGUGCUUUUUUCAAUAAAUCUACACUAGUACAAUUUAUCUGGAACUGGUCAAAUAUAUCUUGUAUUAGACCCACAUGGAUUGUGUGCACAUGAUAGUGUAAUGGCUUUGCAAACCAGUGCAAUCCGGUUAGCACAGGUUGUGACCAAAAUCUAACUAUACAUGGUGGCAGCCAUUUUCUUUUGCAUCUGAGUUUUAGGAGUAGUCUGACCAUUGCCUUCUUGUGCUUCUUGUGCAUUUAUGCUAUAAAAAAGACUUGCUUCCUGCACAGUCUGGCCUUUCUCUCUUUGACUCAGAUUGUCCAGGGUAGAUUUUCUACCGGAGAAAAUCAGAGAACAGAAGAAAAAGAUGAUGUCACAUUUAUGUGCUUUAGAACUGCAGUCUGCCUGUAGUUUAAGCAAAGGCAGAGGAGGAAGCGUCUGAAGCCAUCCGGUCCAUGUUGGUCACGCUUCCAAAUACUGGAUUAACAUUAACAGCUGUCUCAUUUGGAUCAGUACUUCUCUCUCUGCAGUGGAUGAUGGUUGUUCCCAGUGCAGGAAACUUCCAGUAAACUUCUCAGCAUUGAACUGGCGCAUUAUGUCAAGGGCAGUUGAGUAAAAUUUAAACCUCAACAAAGUCGACGCAUCCAGCAAGAUGUUAUUGUGAAAACGUUUAUGGCAGAGAGAGUAAUUUUCCCACCAGGGUAGCAGUGGCAUAAAAAAGCUCAAAAGUUUUAAUGAAAAGUUUAGUUUCUGUGCAACAUAGGGUGCUUCAUAAAAUUAACAUUAUAAUGGAAAACUUUGAGCAUAAUCAUCAUCAGACUGUCAUCCAACAGACUGUUUUUAUUCAAAGGCUUCUUCAGAUUUACUGUAUUAAAGAUUAAAUUUAAAAUCCUACCUGACAACAGCCAUUAAAACGACUCUUCGAAGAAGCUUGUUAUCUAAGUGACUAAUAAUUAAAUUGAACUGAAUAACUGAAUUUUCUGGGUUGACUGUGUGCUUUCAGUUGUUCUCUCUUUUAGAACGCCCAUUUCUACACUGUGGUUGUCACGUUGUCUUUCACACAUGCAGCUUUAUGAACAUUUCAGGAAGUGCAUAAGACUUCCUGAAACGGUUCGAGAAAUGGCUUUGAUUGUCGCAUUUCUAUUUAACCUGCUGGUAGUCUACACACUUCAAAUGCAAGGUUCCUCUGCAGUGACUGAUGUAUUUGUGAAAACUGGAGAUGAUUUAAUUCUUAAUCUCACAGCUGAAAUUCCAUCAAAUUCUCAGUUUUGGUUAUGGCAAUUUAAAGAUGAUGCACUGGUACAAUUUCCACGUGGUUCCCAACCAAAUAUUGUUAACAAUCGCUUUGGAAAAGUUGAAGUUAUAGAAAAAAAUUACAGUGUGAAAUUAAAGGAUGUACAGAAGUCACACAGUGGUAUUUAUACUGCAAAGGUAGUAUCACCUAAAGAGCAAAUACUGACUCAAUACAACGUUGCAGUUCAAGAUCCAGUGUCUGCAGUUGAUCUCAACUUUACCUGCUCAUCCAGCUCCUCCUCCUAUAACCUGACAGCGACCUGCAGGACAGACAACAUCAGCAUCACUCUGAGAUGUGAUUAUUUAUUCUGCAACAAGGAAGAAGCAGAGAGAAAUUUGGUCACCAAAUCUGGCUCUUCUCUUCAUAUCUACAAGUUGAAAGAGUCGGUUGUCUGUAACCAUAGCAACCAGGUCAGCAAGGUUGAAUCCAAAGAAAACAUUGAGAAUCGCUGCCCUCCACCUAGAAAACCCAGAAAAUAUUACUGGUAUAUUAUAUUGAUCCUGUUGGUUCUUCUAACCUGUUUAAUUUAUAUUGGAUAUCGUAAAUGCAAGAAAGCAGGUGACAAAGGCAACUUUGACAACACAAUAUAUGCUCUUCCUGUGGUAAAUGAUCAAACUGAAACACUGAAUAAAACAGAUGAAGAUGAAGCUUGUUCCCCAACCACCACCUACAGCGUAGUGGGAAUUUCUACAAGUAAGGCAGCCACCAAGACUAGAGACAAUGACCAACCACAGAGUGUGUAUUCACUGAUAAAGGCUGUGUGAAGUACAAAACUGAUGUAGUGAGAUUCGGACAUUUCUGUUAUGUAAAAAGUCAGGCUGCUGCUUUUCCUAUAAUCUGGAGGUGACUGAGUCAAGCAAAUGGAAAAUAGCCUAUAGUAUGGUUUAUAUAUUUAUGUAAAUUGCUUUAAGUAUUCUAGACAUUUAAGUAACUUUGUUUUAUAUAGAGUAACUGAGGGUUUUACAAAGCUAAGGUAAUUUUUAACAUGUUAAAAACAUGUUAGAAAACUACUACUCUCUCAUGCAGAAAACUACUCUCUCCAUCACAAACUUGUACAAGAUAGCAUUUUGCUCCAAAAAUGAAGGAUCUCACCUUCCCCCAAAAUACUGUCAGCCCACCGGGACAGACAUGCACACCUUCACUGUCUCAAACUGUGAUCUGUUUGUCAGGUAGUCAUAGAUACAGGUGGUUGUUGAGGAAUCCACCUGUGUCUUCUGGAGUUUUUGACAAAGCAAAUCAGGCUGUAUUAUGUUAAAUGAAAUGACACGAUCCUCACAACGUUGUCUAUUUGUACAGAUGAAAGCAGGUGUGUGAUGUCUUCAAUUCCAACCUCAUAGUGAUAAGCAAACUACCUGAGGGAUAAGAGUUAAUGUGAGAUCUGGUUGGCUGGAGGCUGAGGAUGCUGAACUUCUUUUUGAAUAGAAACUAAGGACAUAUUCAGUUUAUUGCCUUUUCCAGACUUUUCCAGGCAUCAGUCUGACAGCAGUUAACAGCAUUCAAUGAAAAGCCUAAGCAACUAUCUGAAAGUAAAAUUAUAUAUAGUCAUCAGUUCACAGUCAUCUUGAAUAAAUUAGAGUAUGUGUUCUAAUGAGGCUCAUUUGUCAUAUUAAAAGCAUUUUUUAAAAAUAACGACGUGUGUUUCAUUUAGUUGACUGAGAAACUGGAAUAAAUUUAUGUGUGAAUGUGUGUGUAAUGAUUAAUGUGACGUGUUUUGGGGUUUUCUGGACUUGAUAAAGUGCUACAGGCCAAAAACCAGGUACCGUAUUAUAUCUGUGUAUCUGUGUCAACAUUUUAAUCAAGUAUUUAGUUAACCCUCACUUAAACAUUUCUUUAUCUAUACCUGUAUAAGUGCAAUGUUUGUAUUUGUGGUACUUGCUGUCUUGUGAAACUAGAGGGACUAUUUCUCUACCAGCAGUCAAACUCUGUCCACACACAUCAUGUGGUGGUGACUGGAGUUUGUCAGGGUUACAGUGUGCAGCCUUUCGUGUUGGGAAGCUGGAGUUUUGGUUUCUGUGGGUCUGCUUUUCUUGUCUCUAGUUAUCCACUAGAUGGAGCCAGGAAGCUGUGUUGUCCAGAGGGCGGUCUCAGGUGUUCAGUCGUCACACCUGCAACCUAACUGUCAUCAGCCAGUGUUUAAGAGAAGCCUGUCACCAGUCCUUCGAUGCCUGAGUGUUGCUGUUCAUGGUUCUCAGCGGCUGUUACCUUUGUGCCUUAUGAGUUUUAUCAUUUCACCUCCAAGAUUCUUCAUAAAGAAACCCCUGGUUCAAAGAUCCCUACAACUGGUGACUAAUCUCUUCUGGCUGUUCAAGUCUGUGCUACAACCUGUCCACCCUCCAAUGAGGUACAACUAACAAACCAUCAUCGCCUCCCAUUCUCUCUGGAUCUCCUGGCUUCAGUUCCAACUCCACCUGGACCCUGGCACUCACCCCAGAAACCAGGUUCCAGCACCAGCAGAAUACCUCCCCCUGAAUCCAGUUCUCCAGCCAUCCCAUACCCAGGGCAAAGAAGAUGCAUUCCAACUCUUUUUACAAUAAACUUCAUUUAACUGACUUUUCUCUGUAUCCUGAAGUGUAUUCUGCAUGUGGGUCAAACAAUUAGCUUCAAAUUAUGACACUUAAAAGUGUUUUUGGCUGUAGUUAAUUUUAUGGACCUAUUUACAUUAACCUCACUAAAUUCAUUACUUACUUUUUUGUGUUCAACUAAGUUAAAAAUUACAAAUCUAAUUAACUUAAAGGAACUUUUUACUUUGACUUUACUUGAAACAAUAGAUUUCAAUGCCAGUUUCGUAUCCAACGUCUGACUAACUCAAUUUUUUUACAAUCUUAACUUUACAAAGUUAACUAAAUGUGUGCACUGCAAAUAGUUAACUAAAGAGUCAGGCAAAUGAAAAUAAUUUUAAAGAUAAAAACCUAAACUAUUCACUAAUCAAUAUGUAAACUAAUGUUAGGAAUGAACAGAAAACGAUUACCAUUCAGGUCUCUGUGUGACAGCAGGGACAGCUGUCACAGUAGAACUGCAUUAAUUCGGAUAUUUAGAAAACUGCUUCCUGUGAGAUAUUCUGCACUCGCAUACCUAUCCAACAUCUGAGCUUGUGUGUACUGAUAUGAAAUGCCCGUAGAAGGACAAUGUCUACAUUGUGGUUAGCACACAUGUACAGCUCUAUGAACACUUCCUGUGGAAGCUGUCAUGAUCUGUAGCACUGUGAACUCAGUUUUAUUUACAGUAUAUUCUUGUUCUCACAUUUUGAGACCAAAAUGUUCCUAUGUAGAACUGUUUUGCUAAGGCUUCAUUCACGCUUCCCUCUGUCCAAAUAAAUCUGAUUUCCAUCCAGUAUUUAUAACUCAUUAAAAUCAACCAUCCCCAACCACCUCUGUCAGACUUGUGCUUAAAUAGGAAGUGAACGAACUUCCCCAUAUUUAAAAUGGCGUUGAUCGUCUCAUUUCUGUUUCAUCUGUGUCUAUUCUACACACUUCAAAUACAAGGUUCCUCUGCAGUGACUGAUGUAUUUGUGAAAACUGGAGAUGAUUUAAUUCUUAAUCUCACAGAAGCUGAAAUUCCACCAAAUUCUCGCUUUUGUUUAUGGCAAUUUAAAGAUGAUACACUGGUAGAGUUUUCAUUUGGUUCCCAACCAAAUAUUGUUAACAAUCGCUCUGGAAAAGUUGAAGUUAUAGAAAAAAGUUACAGUGUGAAAUUAAAGGAUGUACAGAAGUCACACAGUGGUAUUUAUACUGCAAAGGUAGUAUCACCUAAAGAGCAAAUACUGAUUCAAUACAACGUUGCAGUUCAAGAUCCAGUGUCUCCAGUUGAUCUCAGAUUUACCUGCUCAUUCAGCUCCUCCUCCUUUGAUAACCUGACAGCGACCUGCAGGACAGACGACUCUUCCAUCAGCAUCACUCUAAGAUGUGAGAAUCAAACGUGCAACCAGGAAGAAGCAGAGAGAAGAUCGGUCACCAAAUCUGGCUCUUCUCUUCAUGUCUAUCAGUUGAAAGAAUUAAUUGUCUGUAGCCAUAGCAACCAGGUCAGCAGGAAUGAGUCCAUCAAAGAGAUUGAGACUCACUGUACAAAUAAUGAACCCAGAAAACAUCACUGGUAUAUUACAUUGAUCCUGUUGGUUCUUAUACUCCCUAUAAUUUAUAUUCUAUGUCGAAGUCACAAGAAAACAGGUGACACAGGCAACUUGGACAACACAAUAUAUGAUCUUCCUGUGGUAAAUGAUCAAACUGAAACACUGAAUAAAACAGAUGAAGAUGAAUCUUGUUCCCCAGCCACCACCUACAGCGCAGUGGGAAUUUCUACAAGUAAAGCAGCCAUCAAGACUAGAGACGAUGACCAACCACAGAGUGUGUAUUCACUGAUAAAGGCUGUGUGAAGUGCAAAACUGGUGUAGUGAGAUUAUGACAUUUCUGUUAUGUGAAAAGGCAGACUGCUGCAUUUCCUAUAAUCUGGAGGCUCAGGUUACUGAGUCAAUCAGAUGGAAAAUAGCCUAUAGUAUGUUUAUAUUUAUGUAAAUUGCUUUAAGUAUUCUAGACAUUUAAGUAGCUUUGUUUUAUAUAGAGUAACUGAGGGUUUUACAAAGCUACGGCUUAAAUACUUGUUAAAGGUUUAAACCGUUUCACUGGGCAGCGUUUUGAGCAGAGUAGCCAGAUAAUUUGCCAACUAAUAUUAGUUUUCAGUGUUAGUCUAUGAGGAGACAACAAGUGACAGCAUUCUGUACAUUAUGUAUAUAAAUUGCAUGUUUAAAAAAGUAAAAGAGAAAACUUUUUUUUUUUUACUGUUUUGAUAUCAGAAGUAGGGAAACAGACAGGAUGAAAACAGUACUGAAGGUGAUUGUUGUUUGCCUUGUAUAUUAUUAGUGUUGUGCUCUUUGGGAUCAUUGUGACAUGAACUGUUAAUAAUACAGCUCUAUUUCGAAAACUGAUUUUUGAAAGUCAAGAAAUGGUGAUUUUGUAUAUUCCUGUAUAUUUUGUAUUAACCAUUACAUCUGAUAUAUUCUCAACCACCUGCAUGACGGCCAUUUCUAGUGAACCUGUGUGACCUGAGGUCAUACUGACAGGCACUCAGUAAACAACAUGUAUUGUUUACUGAAGUGUGAUGUAUUUAGUGUAUAAAUUGUUAUAUAUUACAGUGUAUCUCCUUUCUCUGGUUAGGUUUCCAGUAUUAAACUGUGUAUAUAUUUAGAACUGCACUUUGAACUUCUUAUGUGCCACAUAUUCUUGAACUAUGAAUAUACGUAUAGUUAUACUUUUGUAUUCGUAUGCUCUCACUAACCUUAACUUGCUACUGUGACACCUGUAUAAUCCCUCUGUGAGACAGUAAAUUUCUUUUUCCUA